AUUUUUUUGUUGGUAAGCGAGUUUUCACAGCGGAAAAUCACUGAAAAAGCAUCAAAAAGUCCAUAAAAUAAGAGAAAUUUACUCGAAAUCACAAGAAAAACUCACGACGGAAAAAUGUCUGACUUGGAUUUGUCGAAAUUGAAGGUUGCCGACUUGAAAGCGGAACUCAAAAAACGCGGAUUAUCUGUAACUGGCAACAAAAAUGAGCUUCAAGAUCGAUUGCAAGCCGCCAUUAUCGAAGGAGGACCUCUCGAUGAUACCGCUAACGAUGAUUUAUUGGAUGACGAUUUGAUGGAUGACGAUUUGGAUGAAAAAGAGCUGCUUGGUCACGGCGACGAACACGAAGAUGCGUUACUCAACGAAAGCCCUUCGCCAGAUGCGAGUUUACAAAAGUCCUCCAUGAAACAUUCCGCAUCAAGUAUUACGUCGUCAACGACAAAUGUCGAGGCAGCGAGCACAACAACGGCCCAAGUACCUCACAAGAAAAUCUCAUUGAAGCGAAAUUUGUCGGUUCCCAAGCCCGUUUUGCCGGAAACGACGAGCGUCGAAUCCACAAAAUCCAUUUCCUCGACAAAUGGCGACAAUUCGGGCGACGAACCUGAGAAAAAAGUCGUCAAAUUGACACAACUCACGGCCGAAGAACGUCUCAAGCUGCGAGCACAAAAGUUCGGAGCAAAUUCCCCCUCAGCGACAAUUGCCUCGAACGUCAAUACGGACGAGAAGAAAUCCGCUCGGGCAGCUCGUUUUGGCAUCACAACAACAACAACGACGACAAAUAGCUCGGCUUCGAUCAAAAGUUCGGCACCUGAUGUCUCCGUGGAGUUGUUGAAGAAACGCGCUGAGCGAUUUGGCGCCUCGACUGCACCGACCUUGAACAAAAUCGAGUUAGAUGAGAAGCUGAAGAAGCGUCAAGAGAGAUUUGGAGCAGCAAGUGUCGCCGCAUUACCGUCGGAUCAAGCGGAAAAGGCACGACUUCGACUCGAACGAUUCAAGACAGCAGCCUAAAAUUAAGAAAAGCAUUUUUUUUUUGACUUACACAAAAUUUUUCGUGUAAAUAAGCUAAAGUUUGACCAUUUUUUUUUUGAUUAAAUGAAAUAAACACGUUUGAGUUUCUUUAAAAUUAA